AUGGACAGUAGCCCCGACGUCUCAGGCCAAGAAUCAAACGAGACUGAUCUCGUUUUGAGUUGCGACUCUAGUCUGUUUGUGACGAACCCCAUACCUAAUUCUCAUAACAACUCGCGCAGAAAUGACAUUGAGGGACCCUCUUUUGCGGCAGAUCGGUCAAUUCGUUUCAGCUCUGUUUCAAAACUCGCGAAUCUCGAAUCUGAAACACAUCCUGAAACACAUCCUGAAACACAUCCUGAAACACACCCUGAAACACACACCAUAGCCAUGUCUAAGGACAAAGCCCUUGCCACCCCCAAAACACAACCACAGCAAGAUUAUUUGGUUUCACCUAUUAGAGAAAAAUUGGCCAGAGAAGACGUUUCAAGUAUAGCUGAGUCGUCCUUCUCUAGAAAUAGGAAUCUGUCACGACUACUGCGUGGUCUGUCCAGUGGCAGCGAAAUCGAGUUCCAGAACUCCUCAUUUCUUGACGACACUGGCGAACAGUUCGAUCUCGACAUCAACUUAGACGACCAUAAGCCCACAAGAGCACCAGAGGACCAAUCCUUCUGGCUUGCGUGUAAGUCUGCCAGCCCGCAGAAAUUCACCGUGGGCCAACGGCAGUACUUGACACAAAGAAAGCUUGCCGCGGAUUCUGUUUCCGAUAUCAAUUCAAACGCUAGAAUUGCCGAACUCACUAAGCUGCUCACCAACUGUAAAAUCCAAAUUAGACUCUACGAGAAGUUUCUUCAAGACCUAAUAGAAAAGCAUAGUGUUGACGCAGGGGAUCUUGAGAUACUUCACCAGCUGUGGAACGCUGGAUCCUUGGCGAGCUCGCUGCCUUUUGUAGACCCGGCAACUCCAACCAAAAACCCCGCGUCGGAAUCCGAACUUGCGGAUAUCACGGCUCUAGUGGAGGAUUUGCACGAAAGUCUUGAGGACUUCCAGAAUAGGUGGAAGGAGGCCGAUCAACGCGCCACAUCCUUGGACCACAUUCUCAGGGCCUGGAGCUCUGAAUUGGUAGAUUUACUCGAGUUGAUAGGUUGUGAAAAGAAAAUAGAUUUGAGUCUUGCUCCACAGGAGAUAAUGAAGGCCGCUCGGCCCUUGUUACUGGAGUACUUGCACUCCUCUGCCUCCAAAAAAAAUGGUGGCCAGCAUGAUGAAUUCGAAAUGCGAAAACGGUUCGAGCAUCUUAACUUGAGCGACAAGGGUGACGUCAAACCCAAUGAUACCGUUCAUGAACCGCUAAGUCCUUCCGAUAGCCAGCAGAGCAUCAACAUUUCCCAAGAGUCGCUGGACGACUAUUUACCAACAAGCGAAGAAGUUGCCGAUGCCUUUAAAGUAUAUCAGGCCAGAAUCGACGAGCUUCAAGAUGAAGUUGAAGCUUUGAAAGAGGCAAACCGGAGGAGCUCUUCCCAAGAUCUGAGCGAACAAACCAUCUUCUCAAGCGCUGUGGUUGGAAAAGAAGAUGACAACACUUUGCAACGGGAACACGAGGCUUUGCAACUUGCGUACAAAGAGUUGUCCGAAAGAUUCCGCGUCUCUCAGGAUAAUGCCAGUACCAAGAUCAAUUCCCUCACCAAUCAACUCAACAAUCAGAAGAGAGAAGUGUCAGCGUUGCGGUCCAAUGUAGCAGACUUCGAUGGAAUCCAACGAGAACUUGAUGCUGCUGUUGAAAAGCAGCGUGUCCUCACGUCCGAAAAGAUCCGACUCUCAUACGAAGUUGAAUCCCUUCAAAAUGACAAGGAUUCUCUCCGAAAUACCAUUGAUAAUUUGACAAGAGAGCUUCUGCGCCAGAGAACACCGGUGCAACAAGUUGAAGAUACGACUACAGUACUGCAAGAUGAGAUCUAUGCCAAAUUGUUCAAUGAUGUGUUUUUGGCAGACAUGCGAUAUUUCCAAAGGCUUCUUGUCUCAUUUAACAAAAUCGCAGACGAUAAAUCGCUCGUUGAACCCACACGGAAGCUCGAGUCCCUUGCCCCGCUAUGUGCCAAGCUACUCUUACUGACGCCCGAAACGGUGACCUUUGCUCUUGAUCAUCAUAAUUCCGUCUUUGGGUUUUUUGCGAAAGCCGUAGAUGUGAUCGUCAAGGAUCACAUCAAACUACUACUCAAGCAAGAAGAGGACAAGGUUGUGGCCAAGAAACGUCAUCAAUAUCUAGUGCAACACAUUGAGGAACUUGAAAAGCAGCUCAAAUUGGAGAAGGAAAAUCUUCCACAGGAAAACCAGUACCGGAUCGACGAACUCACCAACCGCUGGAAGGCCGAGCGUGAAGCGCGUGUAUCGGAGAGCAGAGCUGCUCAGCGGCGUUUCAACGAGCUUCGAGUAGAAAACUCAAAGUUUGCUAAUGUAUAA